AUGAAAUUAGUACUAUUUAUAUUAUUUGCAGUUGUAGUAACUGACGUUUAUGCAGAGAAUGAAGUAACUGAGCGACAAAGUGACUUAACAACAGAAACAACUACUUUGGAAGAUUCACCAUUGACAGAGUCACCAGCAACAGAAAAAGAAAUUAACAAUAAAACAGAUAAUCAAUCGAUAGCAACUGAAGAUGUAAAGGGUAUUUUGUCAACAACAGUCCCUUCAAAUGAUGAACAAAUUGAUACAGACAAGACAACUGAUUCACUGUUAACAACAAAUUUACCAAACGCGCUUACAUUGGGUACUGAGGCAUUAGAUGAAAUUUCAUCUGCGACAGACAAUUCAAAAAAUCAAGUGACUGAGGCUGUGGAGGGCAUUUCAUCCGCCACACUAUCCUCAAAAGAUAUUACUGGUGCAACUGAAUUUUUAGAUGAAUUUGAAAUAGCGACCGAGAAAGUGACACUAUCCCCAAAAGAUGUUACUGGUGCAACUGAACUUUUGGAUGAGUUUGCGAUAACUGAGGGAGCGACUCUCUCGUCUAAUGAUGUUACUGGUGCAACUGAACUUUUGGACGAGUUUGGUAUAACGACUGACGGCAUUUUAAACAAUGUGAAAGAUUCACCAUUAUUACAAUUGUCAUCAAACGGAAUCCCAUUCGUAGAAAUAUUUGAGGAAGGUCUGCCUUCAGAUAUUUUACCUUCGGCUGUGACAGAUUCACCAUCAUUACAAUUAUUCUCAAGCGGAAUCCCAUUUGUAGAAAUAUCUUUAGAUGGUCUGCCUUCUGUGAGAGUGACCUUGAUAUCAGUAAUAAUUUCAUUUGCGGGAAGUAUGCCUUUUACCAUUCCAUUUGAGGGGCAUACAUCCAUACAAAUAUCUCUGGACGGCGAUUAUCCUUCAUUGUUAGUUUCGUUGGAACAUCUUCCUUGGGUGGAAGUGACGUGGGGUGGACAUGAAACAGAAAGAGCAUUUUUGGAAGGUCUACCGAUAAAUACUGAAUCUUUGGAAAAUAUGGCGGGUGUAACGGAAGGUCUAGUAACUGAAAUAGAACUUUUAGAUGAGCAAGCGUCAUUAGAUGGACCCGAAGAAGCGCCAACAGACAUUAAAAUAGCAACAGGGCUUUCGCAAGAAUUACUAAUACGUUCUCCAGAACUGUUUCAUGUUGUAAUCAAAUCCAUCAAAACAAUGCUCGAAUCAACCAUGAGCAGUUUCUCGAAAAAGAGUAAAUUUAUGCUCAGCGCUGUUUUCAAAAACAUUUUAAAUGUACAAAACAAAAUAGUUCCACCAAAAAAUAAGGUGUCACGGAAAGAGCUAGAGACGCAGGUCAAGUCUUUACGGAAUCCAACGCUCUCAACUUUAAUCAGUAAAAUUCUAAAAUUAUUCAAAGUGAAUAAUAGCCCUGCUUUGCAAUUACUUCCAACACGUGUUUCCAAUGCGACAAUUAAAACGAAUGCUUUUACGAAACUCUUGCAAACACAAUUGAAAUCAGAGACGGUAAAAUUUAUUUCUAUACUUGAUGUUCUUGGCGAUUAUUUAGUUAAUGCAUAUUCCGUCAGAUUUUAA